UAUAAUCCGGCAUGGUUUGGGUUACGCUAAGGGGAUUUAAUAACCAUUAACGCCAACUAGUCCUAGUCAUCCUCGUAGUCAGAAUUCGAAUUCACACAUAUUUUUAUUUUUAUGUAUACAUGCUGCAAAAAUCUGUUUCCUCCUUCCCAUCCAUACAACCACAAACAUUAACACACUCGAAUCCAAUUCAAUCUAAUACAAAAACCUUCAACAUGACUCGGACACGAUUUUCCAAACACAACCAUGUCCGCGUUAAGACGCAACAAAACCUAACCUUCCAAACCUCAAGAUCUCUCCGUCCAUCCCACAACCAAGGACGCGGUACCUCCCACCCAUCCACGCCUCGCACACCAACACUCCUCGACCCCUUCGAGAGCGACCAAACAGCCUGUCGUCUCCGCAGUAACCAACCACGCACCCCUCCCACUCCCGCUCCCACCCGCGCCCGCACCACCGUCCCAUCAACUCCUUAUAUCCCAGAAUAUACUGGUAUAAUAAACGUCACACUUGCUGAAUUCGCUCGCUCGCUGGCCAAUCUGCAUUAUGUUAAUAAAAAUCCACGAGGAUAAUAUCGCCCUGAUGUGCGAGUCUCUUUAUAAGUCGGAACCGAAACUUCUUCCUACCCCUUGGAAGGUUAAUAAUCUUCUCAGGGAUUUCAUUGAGAAUGAUGGGGAUUUUGGUUAUAGUAGGGAGGAGAAGGAGGAGGUGAUUGAGAAGUGGUUGGAUGAGGUGGAGGAGGUGGAUUUUGUUGAACGGAAGUAGUUGGAUGGGGGAUAUUGAUUGGGGAUGACUUUUUUUUGGAAGGGUGGAGUUCGCUAAUGGGAAUUGUGCAAUGGGUUUAUAUAGGGAGUUUUAUCUGGUGUGAAUUUUUGGGUGGGAGGAUGUAUUUGGUAAA